AUGACCACGAUGAGCAACAAGCUGGAGCCCCUUGCAAUUGUUGGCAUGAGCUGGCGGUUCCCUGGCGAGGCGAACUCAGCCAGUGGCUUUUGGGAUAUCCUUAGCAAUGCGAGAUCGGCUAAAUCUCGCAUCCCAGCAGAUUGCUUCAACGUCGACGCGCACUAUCAUCCAUCGGCCGAUCGGAAUGGAUCAAUCAUCACUAAGGAAGGACACUUCCUGAAAGAGGACAUUACCGCCUUCGGUGCGCCCUUCUUCUUAAUGACAGCAGCGGAGGCAGAGGGCAUGGACCCUCAACAUCGCAUUCUUCUAGAGGUCACUUAUGAGGCGUUUGAGAACGGACCCAACCGGGAUGCCGAUCAAAUCCGUGGCCGGCAGUCAAACCGCAGUCAUGGUUGGCUGCUUUACCAGAGACUACGAGAUGACUUCCGGAGCCGAAAUCCACACCAUGUCCCCGUACGCGUCAACCGGUUGUGGUGCCUCCAUGCUGGCGAACGGACUAUCGUGAUUCUAUGA